CACCUCUGCUUCUGCCAGGACGAUGGCACUGCCGUCUGCUGGCCCCGGGAGAACAGGCGGUGCGAUGCGGCGCAUUACCAGCACGGCGUUGGAAAGAGAGAUGCAAGAGUUCGCCGCAGUCCCAUAGGCCUGAGCGAUAUAUUCUUCCGCGAUGCAGCACGAGACUUGUUCAACAAGCAAAUGCCCGAAACUUGUAAGCCGUACGAAAGCACUUUCAGCGAGGGAUGUCCACCGGCGGACUGGUGUACCGGCUGCACAGUGUGCGACUGCGACGCCAACGGCCGCUGGGACUGCCACAUCCUCAGCUUCUGUCCCGACAAAAAAGAUAAAAAUAAACUUAAGACGAGCAAAAAACGACUCAGGGAUGGAUCUCCUCCGAAAAGAACAACUGUCACAGCGUCUAAGUCUGUCACCCCAAACAAUAAAAACACUAAGAACCAUCCGAAACGUACCCCCACACCUACUACUCCCAAAAAGCCGGCAGUCAACAAAAAGCAAGUGAAAAAUAACGGUAAAAUUUUACAAAAAGAAAAACAAAACAAUGGAUAUACAAAACAAGUAAGAAAAUGGACUCCCAACGCCACUAACACUAUCGAGAAAAGAAGCAGUGCAUCUCCAAAACCCUUGAUUAUAAAGAAGGAAGUACCCAAGACACCAAUUUUAGUAAAUGUACCAAACUUAGAAGGGAAAAAUGCUGAAAUAUUUACUCAAGAGGUGUAUAAAAAAGUCGUCUUAGCCGUGGAAAAGAUGUUAGAGAAAAGAAUAGCGGCUGUGCCUAAACCAACAAAAUCUACGGGAACACGGAGUCGAAAAAUGGUGAAGAGGAGCACAAAGAAUUUGAAAAAUAUAAAGAACGCAAAGAAGAAAGUUGACGGUCAGUUUAGGCCUGUUCCUACUAAUAGAAAAUAUACGAAACCCAUACGGCCAAAGAAUAAUAAGAAAAACGUUAAAAGGAAGUCACCAGUAAAAUCUAAUAAAAAAGUUGGGAACGGGAAACGUAUCAAACGAGAUAUCAGUGAAAACAACACGACAGAAAAGCUAGUGAUUGAAUAUAGCACCUUCAAUAAUACAGACUUUACCGUCACUAUUUUACCAAACGCAACUUCAUCAGGAGUUGAAGAAACCGUGACUAAUGUAACAGGGACGAAUAACUAUUACAAAUACUCAAUGAUAACUCCAUCGCUUUCUACUGCCACUGUAAAUUCAGAAGAAUACCAAAUUGUGUAUGCUUCAGAGAAAAAUAAGACAACAGACUUCAAUAGAACACAUACGCACCAAAAAAGAGAUAAAGAGAAACAUUUCGAUGAAAUUCAAGCUGAAGUGUUAAAUAAUAAUACCAAUAUCAUAAAAAAUAAUACAGUUUCUGAAAAACCCAAAUUUUCUCUUGAAAAUGUUUCUUCUGACUUAAAUGAUUUGAAAUUUAAGGAAUGGUCUCAGAUCAAAUUGCUUAAACACAGAAUUAUGAGUGCAAAACAAGUUGGCAUCAAUGCUACCGUUAGUGGAAAUAAGACGUCGAAUUUCUCAAAAGUUUAUGAAGACUCAGGUGUGAACCAACCUAAGGUUAAAGCAAAGGAUAUUGCACGAAUAGUUAGCCCAACGACCAGAAAAUACAAUAGGAGUAAAGUUAUCAACACGUCAAGAUGUAACACAGCGAAUUCAAAAAAACGAAGUCCUGAAAGUUUUAGAGAACGAUUUUAUCAUAAAAUUGAUGAUCUGCAAAAUGUCCUGAAAAGGCUGCUGAGUGAAUUUCAUAAGACGAAUAAAACCAACAUCAAGCCCAAACCGAGAAGAUUUAGUGUAAUAAAAUAUUUGAAGAGGUUUUUUACUAAAACAUUCAAAAAAUACAAAGGAAAAGGCAAAAAUGGAAGUAAAUACCAAAAUGAGCUCAACGAUCACAUUGUAAAUACAAUAUGUGAAAGCUUUAGUGAUUGCGACAUGAGUCAAAAGAAUAACAUAAAACUGAGAAAUAAACUAAGAGAGUUGAACAAUGAAUCGUAUGUUAUUAUACGAACUAUCAAGAUAAUAAAAGGAUUACUGCAUCUAUUGGACGUUCCUUCUGAAAAUAUAAUUGAUGGUGAUAAAAAAUUGAAUAGCCCUAAAGAUAAUUCAAAUUUUAAAGAAGACAUUCAUAAACUAAAUUCGGUUCUCAAAGAUAAAUAUAUAAACAACAAUACUCCAUUAACGUCGACUCAAAUGACUCAGAUAAAGUAUAUCAAAAACAAUACUCAAUUAUUCGUGCAGUCAGUCAGUAGAUUUGCAAAUAUACUGAAUGAGAUCAUAACUAUUUUGACAAAGAAACAAAACAUCGAAGACAAGAGUAAACAGUCUUUCAAAACGGCUAAAAGAAGUUAUGAUAACAUCAGGAAACUGAAAAAUGAUACUGACGGAGAUUUUAAAAGACUGAAAGGUUUGCUAGUAAAAUACAAUUUGAUUCAGAAUACUUUUGUGCGUAAAAUGUAUAAUCUAUUGACGAGAUUUGAGAAAGUACAAGAGAAUAGUACAAAACCGAAGAUGAAUAAAGAAAACAAGUUGACGACAGCUACCAUAGAGCGUUUCUCAAGGAACAUUAUCAAUAACCUAAGGAAACUGAAGAAUUUAGCGAAGAUGUUAAACUCUAGAAGGAAGAAGAGGAACGCUAUGAGAGACGACGAUGCUAUGGAGUAUUUGUUGACGUUGAUGGAGUAUUUGCUGAAACAAAACUAUCCGUUAGAUGCAGCACCAGUAAACGAUGGCAUUGAUCUAUUAAUAGAGGCGAUAAAAAGUGCACCAGAUAUCAAACCAAUUAAGAAGAAAGUGUUACAAUUGCCGGUUAACAUCAGAAUUUCUAGAACGACGGAGCCCAUUCCUUAUGGCAUGUCCAAAAUGGACACCUAUUCAGACUCGAGAAAGGCAAGUGAUGAUAGCGCAUACAAUGACACCGUAUCAGAUACGAGAGAGCAUAGCAGUAAUCAAGAAAAAGACAGCGAGGACUUCAAAUAUCAGCCAGGUAAAAAUAUAUUCGAUAGCGGGGCAGCAGGGAAUACUGAAGUAUACUACGAAAAAGGCGAGCCUUCAGCAACUCCAAAGAAAUUGAUGGAUACUACAGUGCCAGGUAGUUUUGGUAUCUUCGGAAACGUAGAUGAAACUACGGAAUAUAACAAAUUCAAAAAGCUUGAAUCCAUUGCUAAAGAAAGCAAUAAGAAAUUCGAAUUAUUUAACAGUGAUUUAGAUGAUGACGAAGUUGAAGUGUCUAGCACAACCGUGGUAUCGAAUGCAGAAACUGAGAUGGAUAAUGCUGUCACUGUCACUAUUCCACUGGAGACAACUGAAGGUAAUGCUGAUGAUAGAAGUAAGCAAUACAACAUCAACAGUGCAGAUGUAUCCGGGAAUAGUGCUGGUGACAAACGGGUGGUCUUAGAUUGGCUAGAUGACGGCUAUGAAGACAAUAAAGAAGUGAGACAGACUAAAAACGUAACUGUAGCACAGACUGUAGCACCAGUGAUCACUACAACUAAAGCAGUUCACGUCGAUAAUGUUAGCACUUUGACGAAAGAAGCGAGUGAUGAGGAAGAGAAAAAAAGAAUGAUGAAGAUCAAUGUUCAUGAUGUCAUGUUUAAGAAGCAAAUGGAUUUGCUGAAUUCUCUGGAUUAUGGCACUGAAAGAUCUGAAGCUGAUGACACUGAGUCUAAAGAAGGUGAUGAGAGGUACUCCGGCGAUGUAUUUCCUUCGUAUUUUGCGUAACUAGGUAUGUUACAAAACAUACCUAUUGUUUACGUAAUUGAUCUUAUUAUCUAAUUGGUAGAUCACUCAUACUUGUGUAAACUUAGAAAUAGUUGCUGUUUUGAAGAACGUGUGUUUUGAUGUUGAGUGUGGUGGCAUGUCUUUUUGAAAUUAUGUGUAUAGGCAUACUAUUAAAAAGACGGUAUUAAAUGCUAGAUUUCAGAAAAUCGGCACAAGUAAAAAUUGGAUCCCCACGCAAAAUUAAAUUACGAGAUAUCACUUCUUAAAAAUCGGUUCGUACACUUCUAAAUUGGUCAACUCUUUUACUGAUAAAAAGUUGAUCAGUUGCUCUACUAUUUUCAUUAGAUAAUAUUAAUUAAAUUAAAUUGCAUUUAUAAACUCUAUAAUAUUGUCUGCUGAAAGAUUGAUUUAAGUGACAUAAUAUUUAUAAUUACUUGUUUUCAGCGAAGUUUCAUGUUAUUUCAUUAUGUUUUAGUUUUAUUUAUUGUUAAUUUAGAUAAUUUAAUGUAGGAACCAAAUAGCAAAUUAGAUUGUAGACUUGUACAUAUUGUUAUUAUCCCAGUAAUUAUAAGUAUCACCAAUAAACAUAA